UGAUAAACUUUUGAGCUUUAUCUUCAAACACAAUAUCGUCAAAUGUCUUCUUUUGUCUCAUUUUCACCUUCAAAAAACUUAAUUUUAUAGAUUUUAUUAAUCUGUGAUUCAUCUUUUCCCUCUGACAUCACUCCCACAUUUAUUGACAUUAAAAAUAUUGAGUGGGAGGAGCCAAGACUUUCUUUUCUUCUUAGUCAUCGUCAAAGAGUAAAUGAACAUUUGAAGCGACAGAUUAACAACUAGAGAAUGACUCUACUACUGGAAAUAAUCUUUAUGUUCAUGCUUCAGUUUACAGGUUUCAGUUUUGAGAUCCUCUAUGAAAGGGUUGGAGAUGACGCCGUUUUACCGUGUAAUAUUGAUAGAUCCUCCGAGCAAUUCUAUGAUGUGAAAUGGUUGAUCGACAGACCGGAUUCAGAAGAAAUAAGCUGCAAGGAAAGUGUUGUCCAGAGUUCAGCUGGAGCUUCCAGGCUGAGUGUGAGCAGGAACUGCUCCCUGCUCAUCAGAAACAUCACCGAUGAAGAUGCUGAAAAAUACAUCUGUCGGCUCGGAAACAAGAAAUGGAUCGACUACAUUGACGUCUACGUGUAUCUGAAUGUUUUGAGCAUCUCUUCGUCUCCUUCAGACGUUCAUGGAAGAGUCGACCUAACAUGCUCAUUCAAAAGUCCUUUAGAAGCUUCAUUCUUUAAGGAAAACGACAUCAUCUGGAUGAAUGAGACGGGAUCUCAACUGUCUGGUAAAAAUCCUGAGUUUGAGGUUCACAAACAAACAAACUGUGUUUCUGUUCUGACUGUGAAACAUCAGAGAGGAAACUCCAAAAGAUUCAGCUGCCGGUUUGUUGAUGUUGAUGAAGUGCAGAUAGAUGCCGUCUACGUUCUCACAGACAUCAGUGGACAAACUAAACAUCUCUAUCACAGAGUUGGAGAUGACGUCCUUUUACCUUGUAGAACUACAUCCUCCUCUUCCUCAUGUUCUGAUGUUACCUGGCUGUACCAGAAAGAUCCAAAUACAGCAUUUAGAGAAGAAGUACACAAUGGAAGUGUUGUCCAGACUUCAGCUAGAGUGGGCAGUGACUGCUCUCUGCUCAUCAGAAACAUCACUAAUGAAGAUGCUGGUCGAUUUCUCUGUCGGCUCGGGAACAAGAAUAAGUUUGAGGCGUAUCUUAAUAUUUUGAGCAUUUCUAAAGAUCCAGCAGACGUUCCUCCCAGAGGAAGUGGAAGUGUCACAUUCCAGUGUUCACUGAGUAGAUUUGAUCCAACUAUUCCCUGUAGACAGAACAGCUUCAUCUGGAUGAAUGAGACGGGAUCUCAGCUGUCUGGUGACGGAGUUGGGUUGGACUGUGUUUCUGUUCUGACUGUGAAACAUCAGAGUGGAAACAAAAAAACAUUCACCUGCCAGUUUGUUGAAGACGACAAAGUGAAGACAUAUGCUGUCUAUGUUCUGGACUUUUCAUAUCUUUCUGGUCACAUCUUCAUCAUCAUCUUUGUAGCCGUGGUGACGGUGGUGUUGAUGUUUCUGGGUGCGGUUGCUGCUCUGGUCUACAUGUCCAGGAGGAGAACCGAAGGGAAUGAGGACCAGAGAACUAGAACAACGAGAAGAACUGUGGCUGGUGAUGAAGACAACCUGUGAAGAAGAGAUGCAGAAAAAUCUUUUAAUAUUCUUUGUUGUUAAAAAGAGUGCAGAUAUUUUCUUUUCUGUGAGUUUUUUUCUUUUUAGACAUUUCAAAUACAGUAGCUUUAUUUGCUCAGAUCUGUCGUCACCUACAAAGUUUCUAAGUAGACUGUUCAGUAUUGCAGGAAAUGGUCUGUGUGUGUGUGUGUCCGUUUUACUUUAUAUUUUUGUCCCAAUGGACAAUAUAUAUAUGUGUGUGUGUGUGUGUGUGUGUGUG